AUGUCUAUAACUCGAAGUGGUUAUUUAUGGCAAUCCGCCAAUAAAGAGGCUAAACAUUCAGCAUCUGACUGGAUAGCAGUAAAUCUCCAAAUAUCCGGAAGGCCUAGUAAACUCGUACUUAUCAUAGAACCGUCCGACCCAAUAUAUGAAACUGUUGAUGAAGAUGACCGCCGAAUACGUUAUCGAGUCAAUUCUUUUAAAAGAUGCAUAAAGUCAACAAGUAAUAAGCAAGAUAUUUCGCAACAAUACACUAAUCAAAUCAAAUCUCAACCAACCUAUCAAAUCACAUUGCAAAAGCGAAGGCUUCUAAAGGGAGAAGAAGUCAAAAUAGGUUUUAAUGAUAAAGCGUCUCAACAACUUUUUCUUAUACACAUUCGGGAAGCUCUAAAAGAAAAUAGGUGCCUUAAUUCGCAUCGAUUAAAUCGCCAUGCUAAAACAAAAUGUGAUAAAAGCACAAAUUCACAAACGACCUCCGAUAUCAACGAAAUUGAUAGAUUUAUGACGGAGAAUCAAGUUUACGAAAAACAUGGCUGGAGUGCUAUUAAAAUUCGUGUACUACAAACUGAAUUGUCUCAACGCCUUCAAUUAAAGGGCAUCUACUUACUGGAAAUUAAGGACUGCGAUAUGUGUCUCUUAGAUUAUAUUUCAACAGCUGAGAUCAACAGAUGGCCUUUCAAGUAUAUACGGAGUUUUGGCUUCAAUGGACAACACCUUUACAUUCUAACUGGAAGUCAAUGUAUUGGUGGGCGAGGGCUGCUUAUUUUCGAGAGUGAAAAAUGUGAAGAUCUAAUGAAUAGAAUGAUUUGUAUGAUGAAGAGUAUAGCUGGAGAGAGUGAGUCAACAACGGAAAAUACGCCAUCUCCUCAAAUUUCUCAAAGUAAUUCAAAAUUGGUUCAACCAUUACUAAAAUCGGAUUCAGGAAGCACACUCCGCAAUGCCCCACCAACUCCAACUAAAAAAUCAAUGCAAGAUCUAAGUGCUAGUCUGCAGGACUUCUGUCGAACUCACUGUUGCAGUCUUCCGCCUCUACGAGGUCGUAGUGAAGUUCAAAGUGCUGAGGUGGUUGGAGGAACCGAACAUGAAACGCUUGUUGGAUCUCAGGCUCAAGGGCUAGAGUCAUCACGUGCUGUUUCCGACGACAACCUCAGCUUAGAUGACGAUCACGAAGAUCGUCACAAAGAAAAUGAGGAGAAGCUUUCAUUUACUGUGGGAAUUACUGAAAAUCUUUGCAGUAAUUUGAAUGGACAUGGGAAUAACUCACCAACUAACGGUGACUCUUCAAAGGAAUUACGAAAAAUGACCUUACGAACUUCGAGUUUAAAGAAGAGUAUUUCGGAAUUUAUUGCUCACAGUAUGGCUAGAAUGGAAUCACUUAAGCCACCUCCACCACCUCCCCUACUACAUAACUCAACAGAUCACAAGGAUACUUCAAAUUCACCACAAAAUGGAGAUCGAUUUCCAUUACCACCUGAACCACGAUUGGAAGACUUGAGAACGCAGAGUUUAACUGAGACGCACAAUCUAGGUGGAAAUAAUGGGUAUGACUCGGGCCUUCAAGGAGAACAGAGACAAUCGAGACGAGCGGAGUCAGCGAAAGCUGUGCAGCUGAUAAAGUGGCGUGAUUUGCCGGGUAAAGAAGAUUACUAUGGGGCUACAAAUAAUCGAUUAAUGCUAGGAACGCCGAAUAGUAAUAGUGUAUCAGAUAACCGAGGCAGUGAUCUUGUUCAAUCGGCAGACGAUCAGCCUACAGAGUCACCUUCAAUGCGAGAGGAGAAUUCACUUAAAUCGUCAACUAGUACAACAAGAGAACAUCAACUUACUGCAGCCCUGAAAUCGGAUAUGAUUGCAUUUACGUCUUUCUAA